AUGGCCGCGUGUUUCGCGUGGCCUGCACAAGCCAAGGGGAGAGCAGCAGGCGAGCAGCAAGCAACGGGAGGGCCAAGGCGGCAGCUGGAGGGAGGGCAGAGCCGCAUCAACGGUCGAGGCCUGCACAAGCCAAUGGGAGAGCAGCAGGCGAGCAGCAAGCAGCGGGAGGGCCAAGGCGGCAGCAGGAGGGAGGGCAGCAGCGCCGGCCCCAUCAACGGUCGAGUCGAGGGAGGGACGCACACGGGAAGGCUGGGAGGAGGGCUGCCGGGGAAGGAGUCACGUGGUGAGGCGCACACCACACCCCUGGCGGGAGGCGCAGAGGAAGCGGUGCCACGGCGGGCUGUCCCGCCAAGGAUUGCGGAUCUGGGCGCGCGGACGGUGGAAGCUGCUGAAGAGGGAGCUGUUGAUGAAGGGGCUGCUGAGGGAGGAGCUGCUGCGGGGGGAGUAUCGGAGGCGGGGCAGGAAGAGGAAGAGGAGGUACAACGGCUGGAGGAUGAGGCGCCAAGUCGAGUGGGGGAGGCAGCUGGCUCACGGACGGCACGACGGGAGCAUCUGGACGCGACAACGAGCGCACCCUCUCACCAAGCCCGCCGAGGGCGCGCUCCACAGCGGCGGUCACGGCCGCAGUCGCGGCUGCAGUCGCCGCAGCCACAGCAGGAGCAGGUUGAUGGGCACGCCAUCGGCGGGGAGCACGGCGGGAACGCGAUUGGCCGCUGCCGCCACCCUGGUUUCGCGGCGGCGGAGACGGGCGACGAGGCGACGCAAGGCGCGGAGAGGCCGGACGAGGGGAUUCGCGCCGACGCAGAGUUCCCCCCCGCGGGGACCGAGGGCGCGGAGACGACGCCUGGGAUCGCGAGCCCCGUGCGACGUCAGGCCAGAGCGCUGGAGAUGGCGACGGGAGACGCGACGGCGGGCUGCGCCGCACCCCAUGAGGCCGCGACGGCGAGCGCUCCCGCCCACGGGUUCGCGAGCCCGCCAUGGCCACUCACGGGAGCGGGUCGUCAAUGGUGGACUCCGCCCGCGCGCUCCACGUUGCGCGAACGCUCCAGAGCGACGUCCGGCGUCGGUGCCGCCUGCAGCAGCCGUAUCCUAUCAUUUGACCGCGGGAACUGGCAGGAACUGUACGAGGAAGCGGCCAAGGCUAUUCAGCUCCCAGCCCAACCCAGACACACCACCGACGAGAUUGGCUGCCUGGCCAGAGCUGAAGGCUUGGCCAAACGUGGGAACCUCAAAAAAUCCCUCCAAGCCCUCCAGGCCACUCCUGUGGCCCCCACCACACCUGACACUCUGGCUGCCCUCCAAGCGCGCCACCCUCCUGCCGAACUACUCAUCCCUGACUGGGUUACCAACCACGCCACUGACACCCCACCACUCAUACCCCUUCGCGACUUCCGCAAAAUCAUCGCUAAAUGCCCCAACGGAGUUGGAGCUGGGCCCUCAGGCACAACCUCCGAACACCUCCGUGAUGCUGCUCUUGGGAACCCAGAUGUCUGCCAACACCUCCACGCACUCACCAACACGGCUCUCGCAGGCCAGCUGUGUCCCGAGGCAGCAUCGCUACUUACAGUCUCACGUCUGGUUGCGUUCGUCAAACCUGGAGGAGGGAUCCGCCCCAUCGCAGUCGGCGAGUGCCUGCACCGCCUUAUCGCGAAAUGUGCACUUUACCUGACCGGCGCGGCCGCUCGCGACUUCUUCACACCUCUCCAACUCGGCGUAGCAGUACCAGGGGGGACGGAAGCUGCCAUCCAUAUCAUCCGCAAAUACCUGGAGGAAAACCCUACCGCGAUCGCACUCCAGAUGGACAUAGCAAACGCCUUCAACGCGAUAGAAAGAGCAGCCGUCUUCGAAGGCCUGCAAUCCACCCCACUCGCCCCCCUGCUCCCCUUCUGCGCAGCCUGGUCACCUGGCCCCAUGAACGACGCCGACCUCCCCACCGGGAUCCACUUCCACCGCGCCGGAUUGCGGGUCCUCGGCAGCCCAGUCGGAACAGCCGACGGCUGUGCCACGCAGCUGCGGGAAAAGCUCGCUACAGCAAGCUCUCCGCUGCCACUAGUGGGCCGCAUGGAUCCCCAACUCUCCUACCUUCUGCUCACCCGAUGCAUCAGCCGGAGAGCCUCUUUCCUCGCCCGCACCACCCCCCUAGCCCUCCUGCCCACAGCUGAAUGGUCCGCGUGGGGUGAACGGCUGCUACACACUCUGCUUGCUGCGGCGCAAAUCUCAGAGCCUCGCGCGCCGGCGGAGAAGGAACGGAUCUGGAACCAGGCCAGCCUCCCCACCACCAUAGGAGGCCUGGGACUCACUGACCCAAGCACGGAAGGCUCCUACGCCUACCUGGCGUCGGCCGUCGCAACGGCCCACCUCCUGCGCUCCCUUGGCUCCAAGCUACACCAGGAGGUGGCAGAACUUGCGCCCCUGCUCGACGCGGACCCUACAAACCCUGCCGCCCUGCCGCAACGCCUGGCCGUCGCGGAAGCCAGCCUUCCCCCAUCAACAGCGGCUGUGAUGAAGGCGCAUGCCCUCAAUCUGAAAACUCACACGGCCAUGGAGGCGGAUGCGGCUGGGAUUGCUGAUGCCAUCGAACCCCUAGCUGAAGGAUACCUGUUUCAACUCCUAGAACCCCCGCUUGGACCCUUUGUGGACCAGGCGGGUGGCGAGUAG